AUGGGCAAAGCAACUCACAAACCCAAGAGCCAGAAGCGCGAAGACUAUCGCAAUGCUCGUAACCAACAGGGCGUGGUAGAUCUGCCCAAGAAGAAGUUCUACCGGCAAAGAGCUCAUGCGAACCCCUUCUCUGAUCAUCAAUUGGUCUACCCAGCGAGCCCGGACGAAAUGGACUGGUCCCAGUACUAUCCUGCUUUCGUCGCCCAAGACGAAUCUUCUAGCGAGCUUGCGACGGCACAGACGACGACUUCGGACUCGAAUAUGCAAGGUGUUUUGACAACCAGAACACGCAACCUGCGGAAGAACGUUGAGGUGGUGGACAUUGGCUGUGGCUUUGGAGGCUUACUCGUCGCACUUGCGCCCAUCAUGCCGGAUACACUAGCACUGGGCCUCGAAAUCCGAACUUCAGUCACAGAGUAUGUCCAGGAGCGCAUCAAAGCGCUCCGCGCGCAGAACGAAGGCACCGGCCAGUACCAGAACAUCAGCUGCCUCAGAGCCAACAGCAUGAAGUUCCUUCCCAACUUCUUCAAGAAGGCACAGCUGUCCAAGAUAUUCAUCUGCUUUCCCGACCCGCACUUCAAAGCCCGCAAACACAAGGCGAGAAUCGUCUCGACGACACUCAACUCGGAAUACGCUUUUGCUUUGCGCCCAGGCGGUAUUGUCUACACAAUCACUGAUGUUGAGCCGUUGCACCAAUGGAUGGUGGAGCAUUUCAAUGCCCAUCCGUCUUUCGAGCGCAUCUCAGAGGAAGAGCAGGAGGCAGACGAGUGCGUGAAGGUCAUGAGAUCGGAGACAGAGGAGGGCAAGAAGGUGGCGCGGAAUCAGGGCCAGAAGCAUGUAGCUCUCUUCCGCAGAAGGGAGGAUCCCCCGUGGUGA